AUGGCUACCCAAUCUUCCUAUCCUGCACUAAGCGUGAACCUGGAUCUGCGGGGCGAACUGUUCCAGGCAAACAAAAAUAGCUGGGCACCUGUGUUGGAAAGGUUUGAAAAAGCAUUGAAACAAGUCUCGGCUGAAGGCAAUGAUAUCUCUUUAAAACGCCACCAAAACCGAGGCCAGCUACUGCCAAGAGACAGAGUUGCGCUUUCACUGGACCAAGAUUCGCCCUUCUUAGAGCUUGGUGCUUUUGCAGGAUUUGAGAAUCCAGAUUCGACGCCUUGUGCGAAUCUCAUUGCCGGCAUUGGAAAUGUUUGGUAA